UCUGAGAGAGAGAGAGACAGAGAAAUAUGUGUAUGUAUAUAUAUGCGCCCGUGUGCCUGCUAGUUUGUCUGACGGCCCCAUUUCGCUUUGGGCUGUGGAAUUUUCAGAGAUCUCUAUCCGGGAGAACCUGUUACAACUUGGUGCCCUUUUACCCCGUGACUGGAGCGACCGAGGGAAGCCUGACGCUGUAUCAGGACAGCGAGGCAAACUACCAGAUCAGGAGCGCCCAAAGCAGGACUUUUGGCAACGAGCCCCCACACAGGGGGGCCAGGCAGGCAGUGAUCUCCAUGGACACCGAAGAUUCCAGUGACACGCGCCUACCAUUCGGGAGGGGUGCGAGCUCUGCCAAUCCCACAAUGCUCAUCAUUGGAGCUGAGGAUGAGGAGUUUGAGAAUGACCUUGCCUCGCAGGUCGAUGAUACUUGUAGCCACUUCCAAUGUAUUGAUCUGCUGAAGGACAGGCCCACCUACCUGAUCAUCUUUCUCCACCAUGUUAUCCUGCAGUUCGAUGCUUCAUCCGUGCUUUGCUACCUGCACGGUGAGAUGUUCAAAGGUGCCAACAUCAAGGAUGCCCGUCGUAUGUUUGUGGACUACUUCCACAUGUUCCUGGACCGAGCCGCGGCUCUCAGAGUGUCCGUCCCACCUGAGAUAUCGUUUGAGUUGGACCGCUGCCGUCCUGAGAUGCUAGUUGAGGAGAGUUUGAGGAACAUUGUCAAGGGCAUGCAGAAGGCCAUGACACAGGAUAUCUUCAUCCAGCUGGAGGACUUCAGGAACAAGAGAAUGAUGGGCAUGACGAUUGGCGAGAAGGAGCUGUCGGAAUUGGAUGCAGAUCGCGAUCUGGACCGCGAAUCCUUGGACCUGAAGGAGAAGGUGUUUGCAGAACAGCUGCUGCCCAAAGUGGAGGAGGCAACCGCCAACAGCGACGACGAGAAAAGUACAACAAUAUACAAUGCUGUCGUGACUUAUAUGAAGUACUUGGGUGUCAAGACCAAGGAACCCCGGGUACUUGAGAAGAAGAGGCACUUCCUAAUGCGUAGAAAGGGCGCCAACCCCCGAAAGGAGGUGGAAGCAGUGAAGGCCGAUGAGAAGAAGAGGAAGGGGAUUGGCAGCAUCCUGGACCUGCGGAGGCAGACUCGCAACGACCCCACCAGCAACGUCGACCCGCGGCCGGAUUCAGUCAAGAUGGCCAUCGACAGGAAGAACUCCGGCCUGACUUCGCGGUUUCAGUCGGACAGCAUGGUCGGGAAGCACAAGGCAAGUGUGGACGCUUCGGACUCAGCAGCGACAUCGGCACCGGCGAGUGUCCCGUCAAGGGAUGAUGUCGAGGGAGAGUCAGUUAACACAUCCGGCACCAGCCGAACUCAGAACGACAGCCAGUCCCUUUCGGGACUCCGGGGAGAGCAGCCAGCGAGGGGGAUCGGCAGGAGAGCAACUUCCCGGUGGCGAUGGUGGAGCCGAAGACAGCGCCGAGAGCGAGAGAGCUCAGCUCAGCUGGAAAUCCAGUGCAACACAUGUACACUGCUGGAAGAGCUCAGCUCAGCUCAGCUGGAAAUCCAGUGCAACAUAUGUACACUGCUGGAAGAGCUCAGCUCAGCUGGAAAUCCAGUGCAACUCACACACACUGCUGGAAGAGCUCAGCUCAGCUGGAAAUCCAGUGCAACUCACACACACUGCUGGAAGAGCUCAGCUCGGCUGGAAAUCCAGUGCAACACAUGUACACUGCUGGAAGAGCUCAGCUCAGCUGGAAAUCCAGUGCAACACAUGUACACUGCUGGAAGAGCUCAGCUCAGCUGGAAAUCCAGUGCAACUCACACACGCUGCUGGAAGAGCUUAGCUCAGCUGGAAAUCCAGUGCAACACAGAUACACUGCUGGAAGAGCUCAGCUCAGCUGGAAAUCCAGUGCAACACAGAUACACUGCUAGAAGAGCUCAGCUCAGCUGGAAAUCCAGUGCAACACAGAUACAUUGCUGGAAGAGCUUAGCUCAGCUGGAAAUCCAGUGCAACACAGAUACACUGCUGGAAGAGCUCAGCUCAGCUGGAAAUCCAGUGCAACACAGAUACACUGCUAGAAGAGCUCAGCUCAGCUGGAAAUCCAGUGCAACACAGAUACAUUGCUGGAAGAGCUCAGCUCAGCUGGAAAUCCAGUGCAAUACAGAUACACUGCUGGAAGAGCUCAGCUCAGCUGGAAAUCCAGUGCAACACAGAUACACUGCUGGAAGAGCUCAGCUCAGCUGGAAAUCCAGUGCAACACAGAUACAUUGCUGGAAGAGCUCAGCUCAGCUGGAAAUCCAGUGCAACACAGAUACAUUGCUGGAAGAGCUCAGCUCAGCUGGAAAUCCAGUACUGCCAGGGAAGCUGGGUCGCUCGGCCAGCCUGCGGACCUACAGUGACCGCCGGCGAUCGCACAAGGGCACAGCCAAGGGCAAGCAACCCCGGUCCCGCAGUGACGUCGACGCCCAGGCAGCCGCCAGGGCCUCCGACCUCCAGAGUCAGAACGUUGAUCCUGGAGGGAGCGGAGGAGCAGACGGCCAGCCGUCCUUUCUGCCUGCCCAGCCUGAGGACAGUGGGCCGCGCGUUACUCCGCUGGAGACGGAGCCGUCAAACUGGCGGCAGCUGGUCAGCGGUGAACAGCUCCUCAGGCUGAGGAAAUCCGAGGUCAAGCGGCAGGAGGUGAUCAACGAAUUGUUUAUCACAGAGCAUGCCCACGUGAGGAUGCUGAAGGUGCUGUACGAGGUAUUCUACCAACGCAUGCUGGCCGAGAGCAUCCUCUCCGAAACUGAACUCCAGAGCAUCUUCCCCAGCCUGGACGAGCUCAUCGAAGUCCACACCACGUUCUACAACAACAUGAAAAAGCUUCGUGAAGAUGAUGAUUACUUGGUGACGGAGAUUGGCGAGACCCUCCUCGCCAUGUUUCACGGGACCGAGGGAUUCUGGUUCAAGAAGCUGGCAUCGCGUUUCUGCAGCGUGCAAUCCUACGCAUUGGAGCUGAUCAAGGGCAAAAACAGGAAGGAUCUGCGCUUCAGCCAGUUCAUCCAGGACGCCCAGAGUAACCCUCAAUGCCGGAGGCUUCAGCUGAAGGAUAUCAUCCCCAUCGAGAUGCAGAGGUUGACGAAAUAUCCCCUGUUGCUGGAGAACAUCGCCAAGAACACAGAAGAAGGUGUUGAGAAGCAGAGGGUGCUGCAGGUGGCGGAGUGCUGUCGCAAUAUCCUGAAGGAUGUCAACCAGGAAGUGCGGGACAUGGAGAACUUGCGGCGCCUGAACGAUUACCAGCGUCGACUUGAUAUCACAAACUUAAGACAAAGUACUGAUCCUUUUGUGGUUGAACUUGUCAAGAACCUGGAUCUCACGCAGAAACGGAUGGACCAUGAAGGGCCACUGGUCUGGAGGUUGACUAAGGAGAAGGCAAUUGACGUGCACGUGUUGCUGCUGGACGACAGCCUGGUGCUGAUGCAGAAGGUGGACGACCGGAUGGUUCUCAAGUGCCACAGCAAGAAUUCGAGCAGUACCGCCGAGGGAAAGCAGCUUCUGUGUCCCAUCGUCAAGCUGGGCAGCGUGCUGGCCCGCGACGUGGCCACAGACCGUAAGGCCUUCUUCAUCCUCUUCCAUACGUGGACGGGCCCCCAGAUUUAUGAGCUGGUCGCAUCGACUGUGUCUGAGAGGCGCAGCUGGUGUGACAAAAUACAGAGCACGCAAGCAGCCCUGAGUCUCGCAAAGCCAUCAAUGGCAGGCCGAAACAGCCUGGUACCCACCUCCGGGAAAUGCCCCCCUCAGUCCCACGGAGCCAAUGAUGAGCUCGGAGAAUGGUUUCUCGACCCGCGAUCGGAUUGGUUCGGAGCUGACUGGGAAGCUGAGCGACGGUUUGCUCCAGGACGGAGGCGCGGGAGAGCCGGGGGCGGAUGAGCGGCCCGCCUCCGAGGCUCUCGCCCAGCUUUUGACUGACCAGCUCAAGGCCAACAACAUUGACCUGUCCAGACUGGCCUCAGGACCUUCAGAGCGGUGGGCAGAUGAGGCAUUGGAGGAUGGUGAGUGUCCACUC